UAAAACAAUGUUCAUUUUGACACAUCAUUUCUAAAAUUUUCUCUUUCCUUUCAGUAAAUAAACUGUCGUGGACCUGUUUAAAAACGUGUCGAUUAUAGCACUUUAACACACUAUGAAAUAAGUUUUGAUCAUUCUACUAUGUUUUAUAUAAAAUAACUCGUUAGUCAUCGAGUGCACACAUAUUGUAUAUUAUGAUUAUUUUAUAGCACAAGUAUUGUUUCAAAUAAAGUUUUCUACAAUGUCUGAAGUAAAGGGUACUAAAGCUUUAGAACUGUGGUGUAAACGGUUAAUUAAAGAUUGUCCUGAGGUACAAAUAGAUAAUAUGACAACAUCCUGGAGAAAUGGAAUGGCGUUUUGUGCUUUGGUUCACCAUUUUAGACCUGAUUUAAUAGAUAUUUCAUCGCUUAAACCUGAAAAUAUUUACGAAAAUAAUCAAUUAGCGUAUAGUAUUGCUGAAAAACACUUGGGCAUUCCUGCUCUCUUGGAUCCUGAGGAUAUGGUAGAGAAUGAUGUACCUGAUAGACUGUCUAUACUGACAUAUUUGUCCCAGUUUUAUCAACGUCUUGGCCAUACCGUUAACACAAAAUCAUCUGAAAGUGAUCAAAAAGUAUCACCACCUGUAUCAAGUACACAGGUAGAGAGUCCAAUCAAAUUUGGAAAAGUGGCUUUAGAUAAAUGUGCUGUAUGUGGAUUGCCUGUGUAUCUGGCACAGAGGCUUAUAGUAGCUCAAAAACUCUAUCACAGGAGAUGUUUUCGAUGUUCCAAAUGCUCGGGACAUCUUAAUCCUAAAAACUAUAAUAUUAUUGACUCUACAAACUUUUCUUGUGAUACAUGUAAAAAUGAAAAGAUAAUCCCUAAAUAUCUCAAUAACAAUGACCAAAUAGGAAUGUUGGCAUUUAGUAAUGAUGUUGAUGUGAGGCCAAAUUUUCAUAAUGAAGAGGUGGUCAGCCCAAAAGCUAAACCAAGGCCACAAUCCAUACUAGACAAAAUAAACAUGUUUGAGAAAAAUAUAGAAAAAGAAACAGUAAACCUAGAAGAUAAAGUAGGAAAUAUUAGUUUAAAAGACAACUAUAAUAAUAAGUUAAAAGAAGGAAUCAAAACUGAUGAUGAAGUUAAAAAUAAUAAAUUUGAAAUUCAUAAUAAUGUUAAUAGUUCGGAAUUUAAUUUAAAAGAUAAAAUUAAGUACCAAAUAAAUGCUGACACUGAAGUUAUUUCUAAACCUCCAUCACCCAUAUAUAAGAGUAGUAAAGAAAAAUUUGAUUUUUUACAAACACAGUUAUCUGACGAUGCCUUAGACACUGGCAUAGUCAUAAAUAGUCUAAAAAAUGAUUCCGUACAAAUUAAGAAUGAAGACGCUCUGAAAACAACAUUCCCUCCAAAAGAAUGUAGUGAAGUAACAGAAAAUAUAGAGAGCAACAUAACAGAUGAUAGCAGAUUGGCUCAGAGCAAUAUACUGUUGAAUCCAAACGAAACGAAAAUUAAUAAUAUUGAACCGUUAAAUACAGAAGAAGAGAUCACUAUAAGCGUUCCGCCGCGAAGAAAGAAACAGAUUUUAGCUGAUAGAAGAUUAAAAGCUCUAAAUAAUAAAACUGAAGAAAACACCAAGGAGUACCCAGAUCACUUGAAUCCGUUUUCCGACGAAGAAAAUGAGCAUGAACAACAGGAUUUAGCAGAGAAAGUCAGCACCAAUCCAUUCGGGAGUAGCGAUGAAGACGAGAUGCCAAACAAUCCUAGUGUACCCGACAUACAGACAUCCACCCCUGUAAAACGUCACAUCAAAGCAUAUAACCCUUUCUGGUCGGACGGCGAAGAACCAUCGUCUGAUGAGGAGUGUGAUACAAGUUCGAACAUGCACAAAUCGUCAAUAACCGGUAGCACACCAAAUCUCAGAUCUCGGAGGAAGCCCAAGGCCCCUCCGCCCCCCAUCCCCGAAAGUCUCAAUCUUCCUUCAACAUCAAUGGACGAUGUUGCCAGCAUAUCCUCAUUCAGCUCCCACAACUCCACCAUACAUUCUGAUCAGAAAUCCUUCGGUGUCUCCACUCCGAAGUUAAAGAAGAAGCGGCCCGCUCCAACUCCCCCCGACAGCCUGUCCACUCUGUCAGGUUGUGGAGGUUCUAUGGAGAGAGGUGUCGAUACUUCCGGCAGCCGCAACACUUCGGAUGUCGUCCGUCGCGUAAAAGGACCAGCACCUGGUCUGCCACUUCCAGAACGUCGUGAGGUCAAAUUGCAGAUGUCCGGUGAAGAGCUGCAAGUGCAGCUGGAUAUGCUGGAGACGCAACAGCUGGGCCUGGAGAGACAGGGCGUACUCAUAGAACAGAUGAUCAGGGAUAAGUGUGAGGGUGAUGGCGGUCCAACAGCCCCGCAAGAAGAAAUCGAAGACCUGGUCAUCCAGCUGUGCGAACUGGUCAAUGAGAAAAAUGACCUGUUCAGAAAACAAACAGAACUAAUGUACAUACGAAGACAACAAAGAUUGGAACAAGAACAGGCGGACAUCGAGCACGAGAUACGUGUGAUACAAUCCCGACCCGCAGUCAAUCGUAUUGACUCUGAUAAGGUCCGCGAGGAGCAGCUGGUCUCGCGACUGGUGGAGAUCGUUCGCCUGCGGGACGAGCUUGUACAGCAGCUUGAUGCGGAAAGACGACGCGAGAGACAAGAGGACCUGGCCAUAGCAGCAUCGAUCGCUACUAAAAGAGCACAAAGAAACAGCGAAUCAAACAGUUCCUCGAUGAAAUCGGGGGACGCCGUCACGCCUGUCAAGAAGAACAAAGUUAAGGAUAAAGUUAAAAAACAAUUGAAGAAAGCCAAACACACUUUGAUAUCAAAGAAAAAAGACGAAGACAAACCUGACAAAGAGAAAAAAACUAAAUAAUCCAUUUAUAUUAUACAUUUUAUUCGCUUACACACUAACCUAGUUAUAAGAUGUGAGGUAUUAAAAAGAUCUUAAUUUGCAUUUUAGUCGAAUCGAAUGUUGACAUGUGUUAAGUACUUAAAAAGACUGAGGCAUUCCACUUAAAUAUUACUGAAGAUGAAUUUAUUGAAUGGUAUUUAUAGAAUUAAUUUAGAAAAAAAACAACUUAAUUUGAAUUUUGGAUAUCUUCUUAGUUCAUAAAUAAGGUAUAAAUCCAAACAUUGACAAGUAAUUAACAAAUCUUUGUGAUUAAUAACUUAAUAAGAACAAAAUCUAAAUCUAAUUUAGGAGUGUAUGUUGAUGUCAUUAGAAGAAACACAUUUUUAUUUAAAAUAUUUUUGCUUUAACACUAGGUAUUGAGCAUAUGCAUGGCAACACCUGCAUCAAGUCUUCCCAUUGUAAAAAUACAUUAGUAAGACCAUACUUAAUAGUUGAUUUUGAGAACAUUAAACUAAAAUUACUAACAAAAAAAAGGUUUUAGCUUAUACCGCUUUAACACUGUGCUAUAUUGCAUACAUAUAAUAAGAAUAAAUACACCACAGAGAUAAACUUUACUAAUUCUUAAUUUAAUGUUAUACUUUUUUUACUUUAUUUUUUUUAAUUGCCAGUAAUGAAAAUUCGUGUCACCUGUAAGAUAUUAUAAAGCAUUUAUUAACAGAAUCUCAAUGUAAAACUUUUUUUUUUCAAAUUAUAUAGCAAAAUGAAAUUUAAAAAAAAAUUAUGGUUUAUAUACUUAUGUUAUAGUCAGUUAUAUACUACAUAUCAGAAGUAAAUCAAUUCUUAUCACGCUAUUUAAACAUGUUGAUUAUAAAACUAUGAAAUUGUUACCAUAUUUUACUACAUGAAAAUAAAUAUAGGAAUAUUUAAACCAAUAACAUUAAACCUAAAAUUAUAAACUGGCACUAAUUGUUUGUUAUGUUUUUUUUUUUUUUUGUUUAAUUCAGCCUAUGUAAAUAAAAACGUCCUUAUUCUAUGACGGUUGAAUGAAUUAAAAACUGUUUAUUUGAGAUCUAAAUGAGAACUUUAUUAAAUCUACUGCUCCGAUUACUAUUUCAUUAUAAAUAACAAUGUUUUACAUUGAAAAGGAUCAAAUAGCUGUAUAAAACUUUAAAACUGUCAAUUACAGUAGUGGAAUAACCUAGUUAUUUUGGAAUUGUUACCGUUUAUUAUGUUUAUUUACAUUUGUUGAGCUUUUUAUACACAAUCUUCAAUAAUUUACAUCAUGACCUACCAGGAUCCAACAAUUAUAUUAAUACACUUUUUUAUAAGUGCACAAGAUAUUAUAUAACAGCACAAACGAUUUUAUAAUAUACUCUAUUUUACUAUGGA